UUCGAGUGGCAAUCAAAGAAUGUUUAUAUCGGUACUUGGAAUAAUAUUGUAGUACAAAAAUGGAAAUUUUACUAGCAAAUGUUAAUAACAUUGAUUUUAAAAUCGAGAAGGAUUUAGUUGAACAAAUUGGCGCUAUUGCUUUGCCAUUUUUCGGGAUGGACAAAUCAAUGGCUGCCGUUUGUCAGUUCGUAAGCUCUCAAAAUGGAAUUGAGUGUGAAAAGGGUUCAUCUUGCCCGUUUCGUCAUAUUAGAGGAGACAGAACUAUUGUAUGCAAACAUUGGCUUCGCGGACUAUGUAAAAAAGGAGACCAAUGUGAGUUCUUACACGAAUAUGACAUGAAAAAAAUGCCAGAAUGCUACUUCUAUUCGCGUUUCAAUGCUUGUCAUAAUAAAGAAUGCCCCUUCCUGCAUAUUGAUCCCGAAAGUAAAGUAAAAGAUUGCCCCUGGUACGACCGAGGGUUUUGCAGGCAUGGACCCCAUUGCAGACAUCGUCACGUACGUCGCGUGCUUUGUAGUAAUUACUUAGCUGGAUUUUGUUCUAAUGGCUGGAGUUGUAAAUUUAUGCAUCCUCGUUUUGAACUACCUCCGAUUUCUGACAUGACUAAAGAAUUGCUUCUGAAAAAAGUGCCUACGUGUCAUUUUUGUGGUGAAUUGGGUCACAAGGCUUCGGCGUGUAAAAAGAAUCCUGAUGCUAACGAAGCCAAUGAAAAUCGAUUCAAAUAUGGCAGUUUUCAAAAACCCAGUCAAAACUUUAGCUUUAAAGAAAACUCUGAGAUUAAAAAUAAUGCUGACCAUGUGUCGUCCAGCAAUAACUUUACCAAGGUACCGAAGCCUUUAGAUGAAAUAACUUGCUAUAAAUGUGGAAACAAGGGGCACUAUGCCAACAAAUGCCCUAAAGGUCAUUUAGCGUUUUUAUCAAAUCAAAGAAGUCACAAAUAAAAUAUAAAGUAACGCAAUUUAAAACUCCUGAAGACUUGAAAGGUACUGUUCUAUGAAAUAACUAGCAUACCUACAUGUACGUAGCAUACUUGUAAAAUGAAAAAUAAACCAUUUAUAAAAAUA